AUGGCUAAAAGGAAAAAUAAACCAUUGAUCGAUUCAGAUUCCAGCAGCGAAUGUUCCGAUUUAGACUCACAAUUCCUAAAUUUGGCAAAGAAGAAAAAGAAACCUGGAGAAUCUCCACCUCAAUCAAAAUCAAACAACAAAUCCUCAGACAGUGAGUCCGAUUGGGACGACGAUGAUAAAAAAGAUGAAAAAUCGUCUUCAUCAUCAGACUCGGACUCCAACAGUGACGCUAAAAGUGAUACUUCCAAAAACAAGGAACUGCCGCGAGCGUCGAGGAAGUCCUCAUCAGACCACACAGAGGAGGUCAAGAAGAAACCAGAACCGAAAAAGAGUGAAGUUAGAAAGAGUACUGACAGCGCUGGAUCUGUCAAGAAAAAAGAUAUUUAUAGUGAACCGGAAGAAGGUGAAGUAUCAUCACAUUCAUCAGACAAUGAUUCUAUCGACUCAGAAGAGGAAUUCGAUGAUGGAUACGACGAAAAUUUAAUGGGAGAUGAAGAGGACAGAGCGCGACUUGCGGCGAUGUCCGAAAAAGAAAGAGAACAGGAGAUAUUCAAACGUAUAGAGCGGAGAGAUCUGAUGAAAACACGAUGGGAGAUAGAACGUAAGCUGCGCCUUGCUAAGAGAUCAGCUGCCGAGCGAGGAGCGUCUCCUGGAGAGUUAGCGAGAAGGAGAGACGCGAGAAGAAGACGACGGGAACAAAGACAGAGAGAGAAACGCGCAGCGCCCCAUACUGGGGCGGAGAGAAACCGUUCUCCCGAACGUAUGGAUCGACCUGAAAGGCCACACGAAACGGAAAUGGAACCAGCAAAGGAGCCGGAGAAAGAAGAAGAACCUCCCCAGAGUCCUGGUGAGAUAUUAGACGACCAGAAAGAUAAUGAAGCGUCAGAGAGAUCCGCAUCGCCUUUGUUUGGCGCUAAGACAGAACGUAAGAGGAAUGUGGACGACCGCAGGCAAAACGCCAUGGCGGCCCUGAGAGCACAAAGAGACGCGAAGGCCACGAGGACCGAACACAAGCAGAGGAAGAGGAUGGAAGAAGAGAAGGACAAAGAUGAAGAUGACGAUGCAGAUGCGGAGAUAAUCGGUGCCACGAGCAAGCAGAGUGUCAAGUUGAAGGCUUCGGAUAUCUAUUCCGAUGACUCCGGAUCCGACUCCGAAGACAACAAAUCACAGGGUCGCCGUAGCUCCACCAGUUCCUCAUCAUCCGGCGCGGAAGAAGAAGAGAAAAAGCGAGAAGAAGUUGAAAUAAAAUUAGCCGACACAAGGGAACAGAUGAACAAGCUUAGGUUAAGCAGGUUUAAAUUGGAAAGGCUGGUGCAUUUGCCGUUCUUUUCUCGUGUGGUCCAAGGCUGCUUCGUGCGCAUCGGAAUCGGCAAUAACAACGGAAAUCCCGUGUACAGGGUGGCGGAAAUCAUUGACGUGUACGAAACCGCGAAGGUGUACAACUUGGGCAACACGCGCACCAACAAGGGGCUGAAGUUGCGCCACGGGACACAAGACCGCGUGUUCCGACUCGAGUUCGUCAGCAACCAGGAGUUCACAGACAAUGAAUUCCAGAAAUGGUACAAAGCCAUAAAGGACGCGAACAAGAAACCACCCACCAUGGACUUUGUUAGGGGCAAGAUCAGCGAGGUGAAAGAGGCACUCAUGUAUGAAUUUAAAGAAGAAGACAUAGAGAAGAUUGUAGCAGAGAAGGAAAGGUUCCGAGCUCACCCCACCAACUAUGCGAUGAAGAAGACGCAACUGAUGAAAGAGAGAGACGUAGCACAAUUGAGAGGCGACGAUGAAUUAGUAAUGGAAUUGAACGCCAAAAUUCAAGAGUUGGAAGACAGAGCGAGUCAGCUGGACAAGACGAGGACAUCCUCCAUCCAGAGCAUAUCCUACAUUAAUAACAGGAACCGGAAGCUCAACGUGGAGACUGCGGAGAAGGCCAUAAUGGAGGAGGUGAAAGCAAACAAAGGCAAGAAGCAAGACGACCCGUUCACAAGGCGGCAUACAAAACCCGUCAUGAAUUUCAAGUCACAUCAAGGCGGACGAAGUCAGGAGUUUGCAAGGAACGAGGAAGCAGCCGCUGUUGAUGCGCAGAAGGAGAAAGAAGAAGAGGAAAGGGCGGCGAGAGAACGACAGGAACGGGAACGGCUGCUUCUAAAUCAACAAAACGAAGUGGAGAAACCGAAGAAGGACAAAACCAGCACCGACAACGCGAGCCUGUACUCGCUCCAUGAUUUCGAUAUUAAUAUCGAUUUGGACCUGCCCGUUGCGAAAACGAUCAGCUCCCAACCGAAGCAGGUUGCGGCGAAGGUCAAAGAAACCGGUCCCAAGCGAUCCCUCAACCUCGAAGAAUAUAAGAAGCGGCACGGACUCAUAUGA